GGGCGGUCACGUGGGCGCGGAGGGCUGAUUUAGAGCAACAGAUUUUAUGUCUGGCGGUUGCUGCUUGAAUUCAGGAAGAAUCUGAGGUUGACGCCAUGGUGGACUCCCACUACGUUUUGCCCAACGACAUUGGGAUCGCGACCUUGGAUUGCGCCGAAGCUUUUGAGCUGUUGUCGCCGGAAGAGAAACACUAUGCUCAUUACUUGUCACGCGCUUGCUGGUAUGGGGGGCUCGUGGUCCUCUUGCAAACGUCCCCGGAGUCUCCUACCAUUUACGUCCUCCUCUCCCGCAUCUUCCGAACCCAGGACCCAAGUCAGUUGCAAGAGGUGGCCCGUUCGCUCGGCAUCACAGACGACGAAUAUCAGGCCUUUCUGGUUUACACAGCAGCCAUUUAUGCCAAUAUGGGCAACUACAAGUCCUUCGGUGACACCAAAUUUGUUCCCAGCCUUCCCAAGGAAAAACUGAAGCAGCUGGUGUGGGCGAGCCAGGCGUUUUUGCAAAACCCGGAAGAGAUGGAAGCUUUGUGGGAGACCUGUGGGAAAUUGAUGUACUCCCUGGAGCCCCUCCAGAGGCAUUUGGGGCUGAGUGGCGAGGGAAUUUCCACCUACUUCUCUGCAAAUUGCUCCAUGGAAGAUGCGAAGCUGGCUCAGAAAUUCCUGGAUUCUCAGAAUAUCAGUGCAUACAACACCCGUCUUUUUAAGACGGAGACCGGAGGGAAAACCAGCUACGAAGUCCGUCUGGCGUCGGUCCUUCUGGAUGAACCCCAACUUGAUGAGACAACGGUCAAAACGAAGCAUUUCCAAUUUGAGGGCUGCACGUUUACCGUCACGCGCGGCGAUUACAGCCCGAUUCUGCAGAGGGUGGUGGAGAAUUUGCAGAAAGCGCAGCAACAUACCACCAGCCCCGUUCAGACCGAGAUGUUGGAACAUUACAUAACCAGCUUCAGGCAGGGCUCCAUCCCGGCUCACAAAGAGGGCUCUCGUUGCUGGAUUCGUGACAAAAGUCCCAUCGUGGAAAGCUACAUUGGUUUCAUCGAGAGCUAUCGAGAUCCGUACGGUUCCCGGGGAGAGUUUGAAGGUUUUGUGGCUGUGGUGAACAAAGCCAUGAGUGCGAAGUUCGCAAAGCUAGUGGCCCAGGCUGAAAACCUCCUGGAAGAACUGCCUUGGCCCCGGGCCUUCGAGAAAGACCACUUCCUGAAGCCGGAUUUCACCUCCCUCGACGUGCUGACAUUUGCCGGAAGUGGCAUUCCUGCGGGCAUCAACAUCCCAAACUAUGACGACAUCCGCCAGACGGAGGGAUUCAAGAACGUCUCACUGGGGAACGUGCUGGCGGUCGCUUACACCACCCAAAAGGAGAAACUGACUUUCCUGGCAGAGAAGGACAAAGAUCUCUACAUUCAGUGGAAAGGACCGUCUUUCGAAGUCCAAGUUGGCCUCCACGAGCUUCUCGGGCACGGCAGCGGGAAGCUGUUCGUCCAGGAUGAUUCCGGAGCUUUUAAUUUCGACAAGGCUGCGGUGACCAACCCGGAGACGGGAGAAUUGAUUCGGAGUUGGUACCAAAGAGGCGAGACCUGGGACAGCAAAUUCUCAAGUGUGGCCUCAAGCUACGAAGAGUGUCGGGCAGAAUGUGUGGGUCUGUACCUCUGCUUGAACAAAGAGGUGCUCCGCAUCUUUGAACUGAAAGGAGAAGAUGCUGAAAAUGUGAUCUAUAUUAACUGGCUAAAUAUGGUCCGGGCGGGGCUCCUGGCUCUGGAAUUCUACACCCCCGAAUCCGGGACAUGGCGGCAGGCUCACAUGCAGGCCCGUUUUGUGAUCUUAAGAGUGCUGCUGGAGGCUGGCCAGGGACUGGUGUCCCUGCACCACACCACAGGGACAGACGGCAAGCCGGACGCCGUUGUCUCGCUGGACCGCACCAAAAUCACCAGCGUGGGAAAACCAGCCCUGCAGUGUUUUCUCCGGAAGCUGCAAGUGCUGAAAUCCACCGCCGACGUGGAAGGGGGCCGGAAGCUUUAUGAAGCCUACUCAGCCGUGACAGACGACAAGCCCGAACGCUUUCUAAGCCUACGUGAGACGGUGCUUUUGCGUAAGGAAGCACGCAAGCUCUUCGUGCAAGCCAACACCGGGCUGGAGGAAGGCAAAGUCCGACUGACCCAGUACGAAGGCAGCGCCGCAGGGCUGAUCCGUUCCUUUGCCGACCGCUUCUCCAAAGACGCCGAGAUCCUCGAAGGGGAAUUGCUGCAGCUGAUUCACGCGGAUGCUCGUUUUUGGAAAAAUUAAGGCCACAGGGCGGG